AUGGGCAAACCCGCGGCGGAUAACAUCCCAGAUGAUAUGCCAACGUACGACUGCGUAGUGAUAGGCGCCGGCUACUCCGGCCUCGCGGCGGCAAGACUCCUGAAAGACUCCGGGAAGAAGGUUAUUGUGCUCGAGGCGCGUGAUCGCGUCGGCGGGCGCGCGAAGACGAUCCCCCUGGGCAAUGGCGAUUACUGGGACGUCGGGGCAUCUUUCCUGGGUGACAAGCAAGAUCUCAUGUACGGCCUGGCAAAGGAAUUCGAGGUGCCGUUGUGCAAACCACCCAACCAGGGCAAGAUUGUCUUGGCCUACCGCGGCAAAGCAAGAGGCUAUGGUGGUCUGAUACCGCCGCUGAAGCCGUGGGAAGUCCUCGAUGCGGGCUUGUUCGUGCGUCGGUUCGAGAAAUUGUGUGAGACGGUCAACAUGGAAGAACCGUGGCAGACACCCAAUGCGGAGGAGCUCGACCGUGUGACGGUGCAUGAGUGGUUGAAGAAGCAAGCAUGGACACAGGCUAAUAUCGAUCUGAGCAACAUGGCAUUCGAGAUAACCAUCGGUCAGAAUACGUCUUGCAUCUCAAUGCUCCACGCCAUGUUCUUCUUCAAGGGCGUAGGCAGUCUCACGUCAGGUCUCAGCAGCGAAAAUGGAGCCCAACAACAUUUUAUGAAAGGUGGAGGACAGGUGAUUGCCGAGAAGCUCAGGAAACAUCUCGGAGAGGGGGGCAUCCGCUUUGAGGAGCCGGUAUGCGGCAUCGCAUACACCGAGAGCCUGGCAACCAUCCGGACGCCAAAGGGAACAUAUCGGUCACGACGAGUCAUCUCCGCCAUCCCGCCAGCGCAUAUCCUCAAGAUCGACUUCGAGCCCAGGUUACCGGUAGAGAAGACGACGCUCCUCCAGCACAUGCCAAUGGGAGCCUACAUGAAAGUCUUCGCAACCUACAAGACCCCUUUCUGGAGGGAACGGGGCCUGAGGGGAGAGAGCACCAACCCGACCGGCUUCCUCAGCGUGACCUACGAUGCGACACCCCAGUCCGGGUCCCCCGCCAAGCUCAUGGGGUUCAUCGCCGGCACCAAGGCGCGGGAGUUUAUCAGUUUCAGCAAGGACCAGAAACGAGCAGUCGCCCUCGCCGGCUUCGCGUCCGCGUUCGGGCAGGAGGCACUCGAUCCAGAAGACUUCUUCUUCCACACCAUGAUGGAGGAGGACUGGGCUCUCGGGUGCCCGAUGGCGACGCCGGCGCCGGGAAUGUGGACGCUUCUGGGCGAAUGGGUCAGGAAGCCGGUCGGGGCCAUUUACUGGGCUGGCACGGAGACCUCGACGAAGCACUAUGGGUACAUGGAGGGCGCAGUGUUGGCGGGUCAGAGGGCGGCCAGAGAGGUUCUGGAGGAGCUCCAGUGA